AUAAUCUACAGGAAGGGUUACUAAAGAUGAUCCUAUAAGAAGGAAAUGUUGUUAGCUGUCUUAUGUUUAUGUUUCUUCUCGUCUACAGCUUGCUAUCACCUUACUCCUGAGUCUGAAGAACACUCUACUACUCUUGAUUAUCUGCGAACAACUAAUAAAACUGUAAAUGCUCUGCUAGAGGGGAAACUAGAAGUAAAAUGUGUUGCUUGUGAGGUGUUUGUCGAGACACUACAAAUUCUCGUUCAAUUAAAUGCUUCGAGUAGUGAAAUAGUUAGUCUGAUCACAAAAGCUUGCAUCAUUCUUAAAAUCGAGGAUGAAAGGGUCUGUUCAUAUAUCACUGAAGAAUUCCGAGAUGAGUUUGUAACAGUAUUGUUCCGUUUGAUCCUCCACCCAACGUGGCUGUGUUACGCUGCUAUUGGCCCCUCUUGUGGCGAACCACCGGAUAUUUUCACAUUUUGGAACGUAACAAUCCCCGGCAACAAACCAACUGGAGAACCACUUGUCAGACCCAAAGAUGGGCUCCCCACUCUGAAAGUGGUACAGUUAUCAGAUGUCCACAUUGAUUUACAGUACACACCUGGGAGUGUUAAGAAAUGUGGAGAGCCGCUUUGCUGCAGGGAUGGUAAAGGGCUGAAAGACGAUGAAGCUGGGUUUUGGGGAUCUAUGAAUGCUCCCUGUGAUAUUCCUCUGAGGACAUACAAAAACGCCCUCGAAUUCAUAAGUCAGCAGAUUAAACCUGAGGUGAUAUUCUGGACUGGAGACAUCCCAGCGCACGAUGUGUGGAAACAGUCUCGCGCGGACCAGCUCCAACACAUUCAGGUCACAGCUGAUUUGAUGAGCCAGUACUUCCCUGACACCAGGGUAUACCCUUCUCUGGGUAACCACGAGAGCUCACCUGUCGACAGUUUCCCACCUCCUGGAGUUACCACGGAUCACUUGUCCAACAACUGGCUGAACAACUUCGUUCAGAAAGUCUGGUCUAGAUGGCUCCCUCCUGAGUCUCUUUCUACUAUCGGAUAUGCCGGAUACUACGCAGUACAAUACUCAGAGCGGCUCCGUAUAAUCUCCCUAAACACACAAUACUGUGACAACCUCAACUUCUGGCUAUACCUCAACAACAGGGACCCGGCUAACAUGCUGGCGUGGCUUGUAGCUGAGCUGUCCUGGGCGGAGGGGGCCGGAGUGAAAGUUGUUAUUCUAGGACACAUUCCAACAGGGAGGAGCGAUUGUAUGAAGGCCUUCAGUUGGAACUACUAUAGAAUCAUUGACAGGUUUGAGUCUACAGUAGUGGGUCAGUACAUGGGUCACACACACCAGGACCACUUUAGUAUGAUGUACAGUGAGGAGCCUGACCACCAUCCUACAGCCUUCCAGUUCAUAUCUCCUUCUCUCACUACUUACAGCAACCUCAGACCCUCUAUCAGAGUCUAUACACUGGACGGUAUUCAUCGGAAGUCAACAUUCAGACCUCUCAAAUCAGAAACUUGGCUCCUUGACUUGGACAGAGCUAAUGAGAAGAAUGAGACUGUUUGGGAACUGGAAUACGAUUCACAGAGUGCGUAUAAUAUGACGUGGUUGGUGCCCGACACGAUGCACCAGUUGUACAAAACAUUCCAACAAGACCGAGGAUUCUUCGAGAAGACCUUCUGGAAGUUUAAAUUCCACGACCAGCCCAACAUGCCUUGUGAUGAUAAUUGCUACAGAAACAAUCUCUGUGAGAUGAUAACUGGUAGAUCACGCGAUCCAAAUAUUUGCAAAGAUAUUUCUCUCGAUAAACAAGAGGAAUUCUUCCUGCGACAUAACAUGUGCUGAAACAAUGCUCACAGUUGGAAUAAGGGGUUAAAGUUGGUUUUACUGCUGAAACUCAUAACAUGUUAACAACAAAAUGGAAUGGAAUGUGAGUGACCUGCCUCUGUAAUCUGGAGUCAGUCAAAUGAAAACCAAAAACAGACCAGAAUCUUUAUUGUAAUAACGUGUCCCUGCAGUUAAGAGAUUCUGUUGGAAUCUACAUGAUUCUAUUGAAAAUCAUUUUUACAUUGUUUGAAUGUUUGAUUUUACUUUGAUUCCCAUACCAGAAGAUAAUUUAUUUAAUUGAUUUUAUGUUUAUUUUUGUAAUGAUAAUCGUGUUUUUACAGAAAAUUUCUCAGUGUUUGUUCUUUGUAUCGCUCUGUGUUUUUAUCUUGCUCGGUCUUGCUAUAUUUUUAUGUUUGCUUAAUUGUUUUUAUUGGUAGUACUUGACUAAUUAUUGAAAAA